AUGUCGAUAGCCAUCAUUGUAUUCUUACUAACUUUUUUAUACAUUCCUAACAAUGCAACUGAUAGAACUACUGAUUCCAUAAUUUAUGAUAACCGUGUACACGCUUUUCUGAGAAAAUUAACUCGUCAAAAUGAAAAUAGAUCGAAUCCAGCUAUUCAAGGUUGUUCCUUCUUUGGUUAUGAUUUUUCAUUUUUAAAUCAAAAUAAUGGUACUGAUUAUGUUGGUACUGAUGUUGGAGUUAUUACGAAUACAUAUAAAAUGAAUAUAUGUGGACCAGUCAAUGAUAAUCGAUGUCAAUAUUCAUGGCGAAUUCCAACUUCUGUUUGUUAUAUUUGUACCCGCGGCAAUCCACAUUGUCUAGGUAGUGUCACUUUGAUUGGUUCAUUUGGUGCUGAUGGCGCUGGCGUGGCGUGGAAUUUUAUUGAUCCUCGAAAACCGGGACUCGGUGUGACCAUGACAUAUAUUAAUGGACAAAACCCAUGUUUCUGUCCAGAAAGCCAGCAUUGCUUACCAUCAACUGUUGUCGCUUUACAAUGUGCUGAGCAGACAGAACAGACUUUUCGUGUCUUUGUUAAUACCAAUACAUGCGUUACUUAUCUAUAUCUAAACAUUAAAUGUCCUAAUUAA